AUGGAUCAGAAUGAAAUUGUAUUUGUGAUGGAAAAUAGCCAUUAUGGAAGCAGUCCAAUGGUAAUCUUUUCAGAAGCAGUUAAUAAUUUAUUUUUUGAAAUUAUUUGCGAAGCAAACUUUCGAUUAGAUAUCAUACACACUUCACGUACUACGAAUGCUACUAUGAAUGCACGAUUCACUGCUGUUGAUGUCGUUGAUACUGUUGAUAACAACGAACAAGAAGGCGACGAAGGUGUUGAUGAAAUAUUAAAGAUUAAGAUCGAUUAA